AUGAAUGAGAUAAUUUCUUUCUGGCUAAGUAUAUGGAUAAAAAAUGGAAAUUGGAUUACCUAUUAUAGGAAAUCCUCUGUGUGGAAUGUCAUUAAAUGGGUUCUUCCAGAAUUCAUUGAAAAUACUAGAUGGAUAGUUGGUAAUGGUGCAAAAGUCUCCCUGUGGAAUGACAAAUGGAUUUUUGAUGAACCAAUAUGCAAGCUAUUUCCUAAUCAUCCUUAUAUUGCUUUGCAUCCUCACUUGAAAGUCCAAGAUUUAAUUGUUGAUAAUAGUUGGUGUUUUCAUGAAGACUUUCUUCAAUUCUUCAAUGUUGAUCAAUUACCUGUUCUGAAAGAAGGUGAAGAUUUACUUAUCUGGUGUAACAAUCAUUUCGGGGUUUUCACUGUUUCUGAUGCUAUCAAUAAAAUUAGAAUUCACCAGCCUAAAUUGCACUGGUAUAAAAAAAUCUGGAAUUCUGCAGUACUCCCUUCAACAUCUGCUAAUGUUUGGAAGAUUGCUAGAAAUGUUUGUGCAACAGAAGGCAAUCUGAGGAAAAAGGGUUUUCAAUUUGCUUCAAGAUGUUACAUUUGUCAUGAUGGAGAAGAUAAUAUAGAGCAUAUACUGUGGAAAUGUGAUUUCAGUACCAGCUUGUGGAAUUGGCUUUCAGGUAUCUUUUUAUCUCACAAACCAAAUUCUUUUGAGAAUGUUUUGAAAAUGCAUAAAAAUUCUAAUCUUGUGAUUAAAGAACUAUGGAUUAUCAGUUCUUAUACUGCUAUGGUUGAAUUAUGGUUCUUAAGAAAUGCAAUAUACUAUGAUGAUGAAAAGCCUGUGUUAAAAAAAAUACAAUUAAGAAUUGCUAGAAUAGUCCAUGAUUGUGAAGUUAGACUGAAAGGUGUUAUGUGGGGAACUGAAUCUUACAAUUCUUUAACAUCCAAGUCAGAAAAAUGA